CUAAUGACUAUCGACAAAUAUGUUUCGCAUCACAAGCAUUUCUAACAUACAUAUCAUAAGCAUUCUAAUAUACUACCUGUAAGUUUCGCUCAAGAUGACGAACGCGGAAUUUAAGAUUUCGUUUACCCGUGGACAAUUGUGAUGGGAACAGCAACUGGAACGGCCAAAAGCUUAGCUAAACGUUAGGUGCAAAACGUGCUGCAUGUAUACAAAAUAAACAAGAGAAAGAAAAAUGCAUGCUUUAUCGUCAGCGCAUACAUUAAAUAUUAAAUCCAUAUUUUUUACACUAAUCGCGGUGUUACUCAUUGCCCCAAAUGUGGUUAUAUCGCGUAAACAUCACUUGGAAGUUUGCAACGAUAUGAUAUGCGUCCCUAUAUUGGCGCCGUCCAAACGAAGAAGUGACCCAAUACUUUUUUUCUGCUUGAUAUAAAAGAGCUUAAAGUACGUGUACAUUGUUCCCCGGAAUGGGUAAACAAACACGUCUACUAGGAUGUGAUGUCCCGUCACAAGCGCAAUUCACAUAUGGCUAAAGUGAGCGACUCUGCAUUGUUCAUUCAGAAGCGUCGACGUCGGGGUGUAAUGCCAAUAGAUUCUGAGCAAGCUGUUGGUAACAUGGAUGAUUAUUCGGUUGAAGAGCCUAUGUAAUCAGAGAUGGAUGCAGUAGAGACUAAAGCAAAUGAAAAUAUCGAGCAGCCAAAGUUGGACGUGGCUGACAUAAUAAAGAUUAAAGCAGGGCUUGCAAAGUUUAAGCUCAAAAAGAUUUCUGUUUCGAAACCAAAGGUGGAGGAAGUGGCAAGUGUAUCAUCCAUUGUAGGUGUUCCGUCCGCUAUUCCUAAGUCCGCUAUUCCUAAUCUGAAUCCAGUGCCAAUGGUGAUGUCAAUAUCGAUGGGCAUGGUGCCGUGGCUGCCGUAUCUACUUCAACUGGUAGCAGCAACAAGCAAAUUUCCAGUGAUGCUGAUGCUGAAGUGCAGUCACCAAUGCCUGGUGAACGUUCCCGCGGCUCGGUAUUAGACUUUUACGAUUUCAACUUUUACAGACAAUCACAAGAGGAGCUAUGUAGAAAUUUCACUCUACCCCUUAAAAAACUAACAAUAGACGGUACCAACUAUUACAACUUUACGUUCUCCAUGUUUGUAGCUACACAGCAUGAUGAGGGAUUAUAUAAUUUGUACUUCCAUGCCUACCCCAACUAUCAUCGCCCUAAGAUGCUAUCGUUUAAUGUGGACAUAGAGAAGAACAACAAUGGCAACUAUUUGUCGGCUGGAGAAAUGCCGCUGCCGGCUUUGUUCUUUAUGAUAAGUCUGUUAUUCUUUUUGUCUGGUCUAUUCUGGGGGUUCAUACUGAAAAAGAGCAAGGGAAAAACAUAUAUUUUUCUGUCCUUUCUAUGUCAAAAACAAAAAAGUAGCUGCUUUAUCAUUCAGUCGUUUCAAUUGGCGUUGAUUUCAAAACCAGGAUUGAACUCUCCAUAUCUAAAGUACUACCUGUAAGUUUUUAUUGUGCGCAACAAGACGACAAACACGGAAUUAAAGAUAUCGUUUACUUGU